CUGAAUGGAAGAUCCCAAAAAAUCAACCCUUUUUUCUCUUGGUGAUGACGCUUUUGUCAACCAGAAAGAGAGAGAUUCAAUGGGGUAUUUGACAUUUAGUGGAAGUGUGGUGGAGAAAGGGGUAGAGGAUAGAGGACCCACAAGCGAGAAAAGACGGUAGUGUUAGAAUCAACACAACUCUCCCCACAGCAUCUAGAUUCAGCAGUCGUGUUGGCUUUUCGUUUUUACCGUUUAUUUUUCUCCUUUUAUGCGUAGGAUCCAAGUCGUCUUCCACUCCCAUCUACUCUUUGGUCGCACCCUUUUAUUUUUAUAUUUAUUUCCUCGGUUUCUCUUUCUAAGGUGUUUGGAAGGGUCACUGCUUCGCAAGGCCAAAGGCAAAUAAUGUUAUGAAAGAUAACAUCUUUUGGUGUCUCUAAUUCUUCUUUGGUGACUUUGCAUUCAUGGGUGUUCAGGAUUUUAUCUGAUCGAGAUUCAUCAGAUUCUAUUGUCUCUGCAGAUUCUUAAUUUAUCUGGAGGAAAAGCUUGCCAAGCUACUGGCAAAUAACAUUUGAUGUUAUGGGUUGGCUGACCAAGAUUCUUAAAGGUUCUAGCUAUAAAGGGCAAUAUCAUGGGAAAUAUCAUGAAGAAAGAAAUUGGGAUGAAGCUCGUAAUUCAGUGGAUGAACUGACAGAUAUCGAGAAAGAAGAAAUUGAUUGUGCUAUUGCACUUUCCCUUGCAGAAGAAGACCAUAAAGGAAAAAAAGUGAUUGAUGAUGACUCCCAAUCGGAGGAAGAUGAACAUCUUGCUAGAGCUCAACCCGAGGAAGAUGAACAUCUUGCUCAACCCGAGGAAGAUGAACAUGUCGCUAAAGUUCAAUUGGAGGAAGAUGAACAACUUGCGAAAGCUCUUCAGGAAAGUAUGAAUGUGGAGUCCCCUCCUCGAUAUGAUAGCAGAAAUAUAUUUCAACCUUAUCCAUUCUUCUCGUCAGGUGGAUACAGGAUCUGUGCUGGCUGCAACACUGAGAUUGGCCAUGGACGGUUUUUGAGUUGCAUGGGUGCUGUUUGGCAUCCAGAAUGUUUUCGGUGUCGUGCUUGCAAUCAACCUAUUACUGAUUAUGAGUAUUCUAUGUCUGGCAAUCACCCUUAUCACAAAUCGUGCUUUAAGGAGCAGAAUCACCCAAGAUGUGAUGUUUGCAAGAACUUUAUCCCAACAAAUUCAGCAGGUCUUAUUGAGUAUAGGGCACAUCCUUUCUGGCUACAAAAGUACUGCCCCUCACAUGAACGCGAUAGGACUCCUCGUUGUUGUAGCUGUGAAAGAAUGGAGCCAAGGGACACAAGAUAUCUGUUGCUUGAUGAUGGUCGGAAGCUAUGUCUGGAGUGUCUAGACUCAGCCAUUAUGGAUACUCAUGAAUGUCAACCUCUUUACCUUGAAAUACAAGAAUUUUAUGAAGGUUUAAAUAUGAAAGUGGAGCAGCAAGUCCCAAUGCUCUUGGUUGAGAGACAAGCACUAAAUGAGGCAAUGGAGGGAGAAAAGAAUGGUCAUCAUCACUUACCUGAGACCAGAGGACUUUGUUUGUCGGAAGAACAGACCGUUACGACUAUCCUAAGGCGGCCAAGGAUUGGGGCAGGCUACCGGAUCAUAGACAUGAUAACUGAGCCUUAUAGGCUGAGUCGUCGAUGCGAAGUGACAGCAAUUCUUGUUUUAUAUGGCCUCCCAAGGUUAUUGACGGGUUCAAUCCUGGCUCACGAGAUGAUGCAUGCGUGGCUCAGGCUUAAAGGUUACCCCAAUCUGAGUCCAGAGGUUGAAGAAGGUAUCUGCCAGGUCUUAGCUCAUAUGUGGUUGGACUCUGAGAUAUAUUCAGUAUCUGGAAGUGAUGUUGCCUCUUCAUCAUCUUCAUCACCAUCUUCCUCAUCCUCAUCAUCCUCUAAUACAUCAUCAAAAAAGGGUAAAAGAUCCGACUUUGAGAAGAAACUAGGUGAGUUUUUUAAACACCAGAUCGAGUCCGAUACAUCAUCAGCUUAUGGAGAUGGAUUCAGGUUAGGUAACCAGGCGGUGCUCAAAUACGGUCUGAAGAGAACUCUUGACCAUAUUCGAAUGACAGGAAGCUUUCCAUAGAUUAUACAGUGAUAUUAUCCUAGUUUUUUUUCCUCCCACAUGAAUCAAUGUAUUGUCUUAGCUGUCCUAUGUCAUGUAGUUCAAUAGGACCCAAACCCAUAUGAAUUCAGGAAUAAACGAGACAACUCUCCUAUAUAUGUGCAAUUCUUGUAAUCUCCUCCUGGCCCCAUAAUGAGGCUACCUUGUACUCCUAUAUAUAUAUAGGAACACUGAAUUCAACGAAUAUAUACACGUUCUUCUUUACUUAUCAAAA